CCACAGUACCUUCGAGAUGAAGACUGCAAUUGUAGUUUUGUAUAUCCUAGCAUUCACAGCAGUUGUGGCUGACAAAAAAUCUAACUGCAAAUGUAAAGUAAAAUGUGACCCAGGCGAAAAGAAAAUAGAUAAAUGUUCUGGUGGUAAAAUUUUGUGCUGCUGCACUGGUAGCUCCAAGUCUGGUUAUGAAAAAAGAACUAGUCCUGCAAGUUCAGGCAGUGGUGGAUCAAGCUCUGGAGGUGUAUCAGGUUGGAAUCAAUAUGGGCUUGUUUCGACCGGUGGAAUGUCCAGAGGUGGAAGUGGUGCAGGUGGAAUGUCCGGAGGUGGGAGAGGUGCAGCUGGAAUGUCAAGAGGCCAUGGUAGUGGAGAUAGCUACGGUUCUACAAGUUAUGGAGGUGGAAGUUCCGGAGGCUAUGGUGUUAGUGCUGGAGGUGGAACGACUGGAGGUGCUAGUGGUUCCGGUUCUGGAGGUGGAAGGACUGGAGGUGGAAGUGGUGCAGCUGGAAUGUCAAGAGGUGGAAGUGGUGGAGUCGAAGAAAAAAUUAUUUACAUAAACAUUGGAACUUCCGGAGGCGGCUAUGGAGGUGGAGAUAGCUACGGUUCUGCCAGUUAUGGAGGUGCCGGUGCUGGGGGCGGUGGAGCUGGGGGUGGAAUGUCUGGAGGUGCUGGAGGUGGAAGUUCAGGAAGUGGAAUGUCUGGUGGUGGAAGUUCGGGAAGUGGAAGUGCUGGAAAAGGAUAUGGUCACGGUUCUACAAGUUAUGGAGGUGGAGAUAGCUAUGGUUCUACACCUUAUGGAGGUGCCGGUGCUGGAAGUGGUGGUAAUGGUGGUGGAGGUUCUGGAGGUGGGGGUUCUGGAGGUGGAAGUUCGGGAAGUGGAAGUGGUGGCAAGGGAUAUGGUUCCGGUUCUACAAGUUAUGGUGGUGGAGAAAGCUAUGGUUCUACAUCUUAUGGAGGUGCCGGUGCUGGAAGUGGUGGUACUGGUGGUGGAGGUUCUAGAGGUGGAGGUUCUGGAGGUGGGGGUUCUGGAGGUGGAAGUUCGGGAAGUGGAAGUGGUGGCAAAGGAUAUGGUUCCGGUUCCACAAGUUAUGGUGGUGGAGAUAGCUAUGGUUCUACAUCUUAUGGAGGUGCCGGUGCUGGAGGUGGUGGUACUGGUGGUGGAGGUUCUAGAGGUGGAGGUUCGGGAGGUGGAAGUUCGGGAAGUGGAAGUGCUGGCAAGGGAUAUGGUUCCGGUUCUACAAGUUAUGGUGGUGAAGAUAGCUAUGGUUCUACAUCUUAUGGAGGUGCUGGUGCUGGAAGUGGCGGUACUGGUGGUGGAGGUUCUGGAUCUGGAAUGACUGGAGGUGGAAGUUCUGGAAGUGGAAGUGCUGGCAAAGGAUAUGGUUACGGUUCUACUAGUUAUGGAGGUGGAAAAUCUGGAGGUGGAAUGUCUGGAGGUGGAAUGUCUGGUGGUGGAGGUUCUGGAGGUGGAAUGUCUGGAGGUGGAAGUUCUAGAGGUGGAGGUUCGGGAGGUGGAAGUUCGGGAAGUGGAAGUGCUGGCAAGGGAUAUGGUUCCGGUUCUACAAGUUACGGUGGUGGAGAUAGCUAUGGUUCUACAUCUUAUGGAGGUGCUGGUGCUGGAAGUGGCGGUACUGGUGGUGGAAGUUCUGGAUCUGGAAUGACUGGAGGUGGAAGUUCUGGAAGUGGAAGUGCUGGCAAAGGACUUGGUUACGGUUCUACAAGUUAUGGAGGUGGAAAAUCUGGAGGUGGAAUGUCUGGAGGUGGAAGUUCUAGAGGUGGAGGUUCGGGAGGUGGAAGUUCGGGAAGUGGAAGUGCUGGCAAGGGAUAUGGUUCCGGUUCUACAAGUUAUGGUGGUGGAGAUAGCUAUGGUUCUACAUCUUAUGGAGGUGCUGGUGCUGGAAGUGGCGGUACUGGUGGUGGAGGUUCUGGAUCUGGAAUGACUGGAGGUGGAAGUUCUGGAAGUGGAAGUGCUGGCAAAGGAUAUGGUUACGGUUCUACAAGUUAUGGAGGUGGAAAAUCUGGAGGUGGAAUGUCUGGAGGUGGAAUGUCUGGUGGUGGAGGUUCUGGAGGUGGGGGUUCUGGAGGUGGAAGUUCGGGAAGUGGAAGUGCUGGCAAGGGAUAUGGUUCCGGUUCUACAAGUUAUGGUGGUGAAGAUAGCUAUGGUUCUACAUCUUAUGGAGGUGCUGGUGCUGGAAGUGGCGGUACUGGUGGUGGAGGUUCUGGAUCUGGAAUGACUGGAGGUGGAAGUUCGGGAAGUGGAAGUGCUGGCAAGGGAUAUGGUUCCGGUUCUACAAGUUACGGUGGUGGAGAUAGCUAUGGUUCUACAUCUUAUGGAGGUGCUGGUGCUGGAAGUGGCGGUACUGGUGGUGGAAGUUCUGGAUCUGGAAUGACUGGAGGUGGAAGUUCUGGAAGUGGAAGUGCUGGCAAAGGACUUGGUUACGGUUCUACAAGUUAUGGAGGUGGAAAAUCUGGAGGUGGAAUGUCUGGAGGUGGAAGUUCUAGAGGUGGAGGUUCGGGAGGUGGAAGUUCGGGAAGUGGAAGUGCUGGCAAGGGAUAUGGUUCCGGUUCUACAAGUUAUGGUGGUGGAGAUAGCUAUGGUUCUACAUCUUAUGGAGGUGCUGGUGCUAGAAGUGGCGGUACUGGUGGUGGAGGUUCUGGAUCUGGAAUGACUGGAGGUGGAAGUUCUGGAAGUGGAAGUGCUGGCAAAGGAUAUGGUUACGGUUCUACAAGUUAUGGAGGUGGAAAAUCUGGAGGUGGAAUGUCUGGAGGUGGAAUGUCUGGUGGUGGAGGUUCUGGAGGUGGAAUGUCUGGAGGUGGAAGUUCUGGAGGAGGAAGUACAGGAGGUGGAAGGGCUAGAAUUACAUUUAUAGUGGAUACCAGUGGGGGACGUGGGGGGUCAGGUAAUGGUGGUCAGGGUGACUGCACAUGCAGGAUAACAUGUCAGCCAGGAGAAAUGAAAAAAUCCACGUGCAAUUAUUAUAAGAAACCAGUACUUUGCUGCAAGAAAAAAUCGAAGAAAGGAUAUGGAUACUGAAGUUGAAUACUGUAUAUGAAGAACAUAGAAUAAAUUUUUAUCUUAUCUAA